CACACUUCCGCAUCCGUUGUUCAAGACGUUCGACUGCGUUGAAUUGCGUUCAUCAGACAUUUGUGUGUUCUGUGUUCAUCUGUGUAAAUAAAACCUGUAUAGAAAUUGUGUAAGAUGGCCACUGCUUCGCAAAUCACCGUGUCACCGGCUAUGCAAGUCGUCCGUGUCUUUUUGAUCAUUUUCACCAUCUUAUUCUGGGUAAGACAAUGCUCAUUUGUAUUAUUUGCGCUCUCGGUCGACGGAAUCACGUCCAUGUCGUCUGCAUUUUGUGAAUAAUUAUAACGAAUUUCUAUAAGCGGACAGACGGUAGUUCAUAACAAACCAAAUAAAUGAAAACUGGUAAUGAUCUAAUAGCAAAACAUAUACAAAUGAAGCGCAUAAAUUUUCACCACAUAAAUUGUUAACCAUCCGCCAUGGCCAUUACGUGUCAUUUUGAAUCUGGUUUACACUGCUCAAACAAAAAUGUAUUGUCUCAAGUUGUAUUUGAACUAGUACCUUCAUUACUGUAUUCCUUUCUAUACUUCAAAAUCCUGCCAGAACAACAUAUUGUUUUCUGUACUGUCAGAUUGAAGCCUUUAUAGUAAUUUUACUAGUCUGCAGACUGUCUAAAGCCAGAUAAUUUUUACAUUAUUAAAUUUACUGUAACUAGUAAUCCAUUAUUAUUAUUUAAUAUUAUUAAUACUGAUUUACAUUAUAAAUGAUUCCGUGAAUACAGUAGCCUGCGCGCAGACUAUAUAAUGACACAUAUAUAUGUCAUGACUAUGGUGUUAUCAAGCUUUGACUCAAAGCAUUCAUUUGGUGUAACCAUUGGCAGGCAGGGACUUAUCCAGAUGUUUGAAACAUAAAUAAACUGGUUAGUUAAUUAAACUGGUUUGGGUGUGCAGAAUGUCAUACAAUCAGUACAGAAAUUAAUGCAGAAUAUGAUAUAUUGUAGACACUAAAUAUUAAUAAUUUCUUGGGUGUGUUGUGUGCACUGAACCCCUAAAGGCCUGACUCCGCGGGCGCUUUUUCUCGGCGAAAUGCGAAUUAUUUCGCCUGUUUCUUUUGAAUUGCAACUACUCGAAUAAAUUAUUUCUACUUGAUUGCUCACAAUUCAAAAGAAACAGGCGAAAUAUUUCGCAUUUCGCCAAGAAAAAGCGCCCGUGGAAUCCGGCCUUAAGCCCUGAUUCCACGAGCGCUUUUUGUCAGUGAAAUGCGAAAUAUUUCGCCUGUUUCUUAGGAAUUGUGAGCAAUCAAGUAGAAAUAAUUUAUUCGAGUGGUCGCAAUUCAAAAGAAACAGGCGAAAUAUUUCGCUGACAAAAAGCACUCGUGGAAUCAGGCCUUUAAGGCAGACUAUUGAGUAUUGGCACUCACUGAAAGGUUCACUUGGGAGAAAAGUAUUUUACUGUCACAGGGGCGCCGGAAGCAACAUGGAGCGGCGGGGGCAGCCAUGUAAAAAGGGCACUUACUCUUGAGCCUUAAUUUUUGUGCGGGGGGGGGGGCAAUGCUCGUUAACAUUUUGCUGUAUAACAGAUACUUCAUUACUUGUACCUAAUACAGUUAGACAAAUUUCGGCAUAGAUUGGAAAAUUUUUAUUUGUUGCAUGACACUAAAGACUAAAAUGUAUUGUAAAGCAACAUGACAGUUAUCAGUUAUUUAGGAAGGUUUCCUUUUUUCCUUUUUUUCAUAUUAGGUGAUUCAAGUAUGAGCUAAAUUGUUUAAAAACAGUUUUCAAUUUCAAUUCAUGUGAAAAACGCAUGACGUUCGAAGUGCAGUUCUGGUAAAAAGGCAACCUGCUGCCCCCGUGCUGCCCCCGCACUGUUUAGGCAACGGGGGCAGCUGCCCCCGUGGCUCCGGCGCCCCUGUUUACUGAUUGUGAUUCCUGUAUAAAUAAAGCUUCUAUUCUUUUCUAUCAGACUGGCAAAUAAUCUCUAGAUAUGGCUCUGAUGGUAGGGCAUAAUUGGACCCAAAACCAGGGGUGUAGGAAGCGUCACAUGAAAAAGUUGGGGGGACACCGGUUUCGAGAGGCACUUUUGGAAUGAUAAGGGCAACUUAAAAACUUUUCCCGGAAAUGUUGGCAUAAACAUUCGUCUUGAACUGAAACUCCUGAGAUUAUAUAUAUUAUCCCACCAAAUACUAUUCCUGCCACGACGAACCCAAUGCCUUUCUAAGUUCUUAUGUUUACACUUUUUCUCAACUUGCCUGUUGGCUAUUCGCGUCGAAUGCAAUUUAAACAAUAGAUAAUUAAGCUUAAUGUCUAAUGAGGUUUAUCAUCUCAUUAUCUAUUGUCUUAAUUGCAUUCGACGCGACCAAAAUUCGACAUACAAAACAGCAGAAAAAAUAUGUAUUAUUUCUAUAACAAUAUGUAUUAUUUCUAUGACUAUGGUUCAAGUGCACCAAUACCAUUAGUAAAUUAGUUGUUUUCGUCUGUUAUAGCUGUAUUAUUCAAUCUACCCUGGACACUGUUUAAUUUCAUGUAACGUAAAUGCUAUAAAAGCUAUCCGGCGCAAUGAAAUAAAGAUCAUUGCAUUCAGAAAGGACUAACUUAGAUUUUGAUAGGUAUAACACUUGAAUUUACAUGCAAUAUUGAGCGAGAUACAACCAAAAUAAAAAUAUUUAUGGUUGUUUUAUGCUAAUUUCGGGCUUUUCCAAAAACAGUAGGUCAACAUUCAAACAUCAAUACUACAAUAGCGCAAUCAAUAUUGCAUGUAAAUUCAUAUAUCAAAAUCUGAGUUAGUCCUUUCUGAAUGCAAUGAUCUUUAUUUCAUUGCGAUAGCUUUUAUAGCUUUUACGUUACAUGAAAUCAAACAGUAUCCAUGCAUGCAGGGUUCUUUUUUUGGGACACCCGGCUACCUCCUCCGCAGGCGCUUAGGGAGCAUUUCGGGCAGGUCGCAAAUUUGCACCGCCCGGAAAAGGGCCUGCGGAGGAGGUAGGACACCCGGUAUAUAACAGUAUAAGUGGAAACUGGGCUUAAUAUCCCUGUUGGAAAUAAAUGAAAUUACAAUUUGUGUAGUUUUGAUUAUUUCUGCAGCUGGAUAGAAGCUAGUUUUAUAGAACAUUUAUUGAUUUUCUUAAUAUAGAUAACUGGCUUUUGUUUGUUUGUCAUUGGUAUAUGGGCAACCGCACAAAUGAAUAAAUACGAAGACUUACCUCGACCUAACAACUAUGAUGCUGUUUCUAUUGUUCUAAUUGUAAUUGGUCUUGUUAUUGCAUGUGUUGGCAUAUGUGGCUGUUGUGGAGCAUUGAGAAAGAGUGUCUUUCUGCUUAAGAUGGUAAAAAUAAUUUGUUCUGCCGAAUUUUAAACUUGGG